UUCUUCCCUUACCCCCAGUUGGCUUGUGCAGCACCACACUUAGGCCUAUCGCCAUAUUCAUCAUUUUCAUUUCCUAUAGAAGCUGAUACUAAGAACAGGCACACUUGUGGUUGAAUAACUGGACACCCAUUCACCAACUCAACUGCAGUCAUGCCGGUGUCCAGGUCCGGCGGAUCAGGGUAUUCCAAUGGCCAAGCUUCGGACAGUCCCCAGAAAUCUCAGACAGUUCAGCCCGGCAGGUUGGAGGAGCGUCCUGGUUGCGCAUUCAUGAAACGCAACGAGUCUCGUGACACGGACUUCUACCAGAUAUUCCCUAUGGAAGUGGACAAAGAUACCUCUAUCCCCCCGCCUCCGGAUUCAAAAGUGUUGAAGGACGCCCGUUCUGAUAAGGGCGCGGUGAAGUACCAUGCUUCGUCCGAUAUAUCUCUUGAUACGUCUCUUUUGAAAAGCGGACAUGAGAACACAAUUGCAUGGGGUAAAAUCAAUCGAGAUGCUGCGUCCCUGGAAAGACCGGAAGAUCAUACCGAUGCCUUGAACGAGAGGUCCUUAUAUGAGAGCAAUUGUUUUGGUUCUCCUGAGGCCAAAACAGCGUGGAAGCCACCUAGGCCGCCCAAACCACGAUUCCUAUCGGACCUUGACGUCGCUGAUUCUAGGGCACUUGAGAACGCCUCAUUAUCUUCGAUAUUUGGUCCAAGAGAGGGUCAUUUGCAUCAUAAACGACUACUACCUGACUCCCCGGGUCCGUUCUCCACCCCCCAGGGCUGCUCUAGGUCUCGCAUUCGAUUGGCCAACCGAUCAAUUUUGCUGCAAGGCAUGGAUUAUGAUGCCAGAAAGCAACAGCGAAGGCCCUGGACAAACCCGAAGCCCGGCCCCUGUCGUCACGCUCCCCGACUUCCACCACGAGGCCCCAAGACAUACUUUCUCAAGGAUGACCCAAGUAGGCCGUUUCCAACCCCCCUCCCGUCGAUCGACAACCUGCCAUUGCGCAAGGACCCGAGGGUUGGUUCACAAAAGACUGUCAAUGUACAUCUUCAGGAUUUCAGUGAUGUCUUUUUGAGUCGCCAACGGAUACGGGACUCAACAUGGCAGCUCAUAAGCGAUUGUUUUGAGAAGGCCCUAGGCUGGAUUUCGCACUGGUUCAGGCUAGAAGAACGAAGCGUUGUCAGUCUGUCCUUGGUUGGAAAACGAUCAGUCAAACAGCCUUUGCAUUCCGGAUCCGAAGGAUAUUCGUUUCAUGUAAAUUUGAACUGGUCGAUCAUGACAAAGCCAACGGCAAACCAUGAUAAGCAGGAUAUGAACUUAUCUGUUUCUUCUCCUAGCAGCGAUACCGUACGUCUCUUCCAGGUUGAUAUCACGGUUCCGAUUCUAUUUUUGCAGGUUCUCGCGCGCCUCGGUGCUAUUCUACGGAGCCUCAUGUUUUCAGAGGCCAUGGCUGUCGUUGUGCAACUUCUCCUAAGAUUGGCUGGAGCACUCGUUUUAUAUGUUUUGGAGAAGCUGUACAUCAACAUAACUAUUCGCCCAGGGAAGCCUGUUGCCGCUUAAAGCAGACGUUCUGAAGAAUACGAAGCUAGUAUUCGAGCAUGGCCUGCGUGCUAUCUCCCUUGACAGAAAUGAGAUGAAGGCUAAGAAGGAUGCGACAUUAUGCUAUGGACGAUCGUUAUGCACACUUACUUACAAAAAUCCAUUUUAUUCACACCCAGAAUGAGGCAAAUGAUGAUUUGAAAGAGACAACAAAUAUCACACAAAAAAAUUGGAGAAAGGAAACACAAAAAAAAGGGUCUGGUAACAAGGGCCAAGGAAAAUCCGAACGCCAGCUGCUUGAAAGCAUAUUGCCGCCCAGUCCAUAUCGAUACCUUAUUCCGGACCGAGGGUCAU